AUGGUAGAGCAAGCCACCAUACUCAGCGAGCGGGUACGUACGUACUACCACCCCGUCCUCCACGGCGCCAGUAGCUGGUGGGAGGAGGAGGAAUGGGUUCUGUCGUAUCAUCACCCUUUCCCGGCUGGGUUACCUGCGCUAGAUCCUCACCAGUGUGCGUUACAUCGCUUUUGGGGGACACUAGGCUGGAGUAAUAACCCGUGGAUCCAGGACGGCAAUGGCCUUCCGUCAAAAUCCUCUACCUACGACCGGAUCGCGAUCUGCCCCAUCUCGGACCUGGACAUUCGGCGAACAGGGCCAACUAAAUUUAUUUUUCGCAUUAAGCCGGUUGGACCCCGAUCUAUUCACCACUCGCAGCCUAAACUCCGUCGGUGGGCGACGGCAAUCUUGCUGGCAUCCCCUACGUUUCCCAUUGGGGGCAAAAUAGCGCUCGAACCUGAGCUGGUUCUUCGCCAUGCACCACCUUUUCGACAUGACUGGACCUGGGCCUCGGUGCAACAAGGUCGAGUGGUCGGGAGGCGAGAGGAGUACUUGGAAGUCGCUGACCAGCCUGUUGAACUGCAGCAGAGUGCGGAUGGAAUUCGCUGGUUUUUCACCUCUCACCUACCGGAGUUAGCUACUAAUUUGGACGAGGACAGAUCCAUUUGGGCCCUACGCCUGCGUCGUCACGGCGUCGUGUUUUACUCCCAUCCCGGGCAUCAUGGCUUUCCUUGGGCCGUCGCCGAGUCGAUCGCGAAUUCAGCUCUACGCAAAGCUAUUUCACGCCUGGCGUUCACGUUUCACAAAAGACUUCUUGCAGUCGUAUUGCGCCCGCUGGUGCGGCGUCUGGACGCCGUCUGUGACUUCGAUCAGUGGCAGCGGGCUGCCGCAAACCAAGACCCAACACACGUUUGGAAGCAUGCCAAUGGCCUUACCGACCAUCAGGUCUGGACGUGA